AAGGUCCACAAAUGCACCCUUCUCGCGGACUUCUUGUUUGUCUCGGGCUGUGCUUGUUGUUUGCCGGAGCGAGUGGACGCCGAGAGACAAAGCUAACCCCGUUUAUUGCUAUAGCAAGCGAGUAGAAGUUCCCACACACACUCGCACGACCCCCCGCAUGCAUGGCUCGUAAGCUACAUUUGCUACCGCCUACUCCCUUGCCUGCCCUAUUGUUGUGUGCAUGUAUUGUAUGUGCUACACAUUACUACGUGCGUACAAACCCAACAAACGGGAGCAGGUCAACUCCAGCUCUCUCCAAGCACACGCGCGUGCACACGUACACACGAUCGCUCGUUCGCAUACUUGCUCGCCUCCGGUACGCCAAUACACUGCGCAGAAAAAGGAGAGAUUGUGUCCUACCGUGCGCGUGGCUUGUGUAGCUGUCUGUCAGUUACCAACCCGGCCUGGCUGGCGUAAUACACGCUAGUCCUCGAUCUGUGGGACUUGAUCUCAAACCUUGUGUCCACUCCUUUGCU